GAGAGAGAGGAACAUGGGUGGACGGAAAGUCCCUGUGUGGAAAUCCCCUUGACUCGGGUUGUUUCCUUACACAAAAAACUAUCCGUCGCAGACAUGUGUGCUCUUUUGAAAGGUUUCGCGACCUGCGAGCGCUCCAGCAGCAUUGAGGUGGUGUUGGAGAAGGAAAGAGACGGUUUGAAUGGCGCCGUGGACCGCAGCGGUGAGGCUGAGUGAAGUGGCUGAGCAGCGAGAGGACUAGCCUGAGCAUCCGGGAGGGCUUUGUUAUCAUCACCACCCCGACAUAUUACACAGUUUCCACGUUGUUUGGUCUUCGGUGGUUGGUGCCUCCUCCUCCCCGUUGCUCUUCGUCCCUUCCCUCCAUCCACCCCACCAGUCGUUCGCCAUGUCGCAGGGUCAGAACUUCCUCCCCAAAUUCCUGUUUGUCUCCAACCUGCUGAAGGCGGUAAAGAUCCGUCAGCGAGUGCCCAACGACGUGGUGAAGCCGGCAGCGGCUGGCGGCCUGAUGCACCACCUGCGGAGUAUGCACAGGUACACUCUGGAGAUGAUCGCCAUGAACCACUUCCCGCAGGCCUUCAGGGAGGUGGUGCAGGCUGCUAUCCUGGACCGAGCCAUGCAGGCCUCAUUGGAGCAGGAGAAGAAGCUCAACUGGUGUCGGGAGGUGAAGAAGAUGGUGCCCUUACGUACCAAUGGAGACGGGAACUGUUUGCUGCAUGCGGCCUCUCAGUACAUGCUGGGCGUUCAGGACACGGACCUGGUGCUUCGGAAAGCCCUCCAUAGUGUGUUGAAAGAGACAGACACUGGUGUUUUCAGAGCUCGUUUUCAGGCAGAGCUGCUCCAGUCCCAGGAGUUCACCCAGACCGGACUCCGAUACACCACCAUGAACUGGGAGGAGGAGUGGGAAAAGAUCGUAAAGAUGGCAUCUCCGGUCUCCAGUAGCAAUGGCCUCCAGUUUGACUCUCUGGAGGACAUUCACAUCUUCGUCCUCUCAAACAUUCUACGCAGACCCAUCAUUGUCAUUGCAGACCAGGUGGUCAGGAGUAUGAAAUCUGGCUCCUCCAUCUCUCCACUGAAUGUGGGUGGGAUUUAUUUGCCGCUACACUGGCCUCCCACAGAGUGCUACAAAUACCCAAUAGUGCUCGGCUAUGACUCCCAGCACUUUGCACCCCUCAUCACCAUCAAAGACAGUGGUCCAGAGAUCCGAGCAGUGCCGCUGAUCAACCCAGGGCGGGGGGACUUUGAGGAGCUGAAGGUUCACUUCCUGAUGGAGAAAGAACAGCAGCAGAAAGAGAAGUUUCUGAAAGACUACCUAUUACUGAUAGAGAUCCCCGUCAUAGGCUUGGGUUACGAUGUCCUAAGGAUAAUCAACGCUGCAAGGCUGGAUGAAGGCAAUCUCCCUGAAGACAUGAACCUGAUGGAGGACUACCUGCAGCUUGUCAACCAUGAGUACCAGCGCUGGCAGGAGGACAAGGAGCAGGCAUGGGCUGCCCAGCCACAGCGCCCGCCACCCUUCUCCGUCUCCCAGCUUUCCCUCAUCGAAAUCCGCUGUGCCACACCAAGAUGCACCUUCUAUGUCUCUGUGGACACGCAGCCUCAUUGUCACGAGUGCUUUGAGAAGCGACAGGCCACCACUGGUGGAGGAACGAGGAUAGAAGGGGUGGUACAAGCCAAAGGGACAGGGGUACAAGGUGGGGUGGGUGUGAUCAGAGGAUCAGAGACUGAAGUGAACUCUAGAGGCACCCGAAGCAGCAGCCCCCCAUCCUCUUCAUCUGGGAGAGGGGUUGUCAUAUCCAGCCCCCGUUCUGCACCCCCCACAGCUCCCAGCCUCAGCUUGUAUAGUGAAACCCAUGCCAUGAAGUGCAAGACACCUGGCUGCCUCUUCACUCUUAGCGUAGAGCAUGAUGGACUUUGUGAGCGAUGCUUCAACUCCAGGCAGAACCAUGGACUACCAGGAGCUGGAACAGCUGCUACAGGACUCCCAGGCCCCAAUGGGGGCCCCAUAGUCCCUCACGCUGCCCAGGGCUCUGGCUGGACCCAGUGGGGGGGCUGUGAGACAGAAACAGAACGCUGCAGUAUGUGUAGACAGGAGGCAUUCAGGAUAUUCAAUGGUCUGUGUCCACCCUGCAUGCAGAGACAGCAGGCUCCAGAGAGGGGGGAGCCACAGCAGAGCAACCCCAGAACUGAGGCCUCGUCUUCAGCUUGGAGCCAGGCUAGAGAUGCUGAGCGACCGUGCCUCACCCUAACCCCAGGGCACACCUCAGCCUGGCAGGCCCCCCUGGCCCGGCCGUGUAAAAGAUCUGGUUGCCAGUUCUUUGGGACGCCAGAGAAGUUGGGUUUCUGCACUAUUUGCUACGUUGACUAUCAGACCAACCACCACAUGACGCCUCCAGCUGCUCCGGUGCAGAGCCGGCAUGGUUUGGAGGCAGGCUUCCAGAAUGCCUCUCGGUGUCGCGGGCCAGGGUGUGGUGCAGUUGGCAAGGCAAUGCUGGAGGGUUACUGUGACAAGUGCUACGUUAAAGAGCAGAGUACACGGCUCAACCAAGUGGCACAUCGCACACCACACUCCCCUCCUCCAGUCGUGCGCGACCGAGCAGUCAAACCCAGAUCUUCACAGCAAUCACAGACGCAGACUCAGUGCCGGAGGAGUGGUUGCAGUAACGUUUCCCCGGGUUGCACGGACCUUUGCCCUGAGUGCCACACUCGGGGCCAGGGCAGAGAGGUGGGCAGGCGGGCGCAGGCGCCCAAGGAGAAGUCCAAGCAGCGGUGUCGGACGCAGGGUUGCGACCACUAUGCCAAUCAAGAGAAACAGGGCUACUGCAACGAGUGUGAUCACUUCAAACAGAUUUAUCGCGGCUGACCACAUACGCACCCAUGCACGCAAUGGCGGUGACGACACAUCUCUAGCACGCCAGAGCCGCUGCCCUGUUGUGGGCACCCCAUGCCAGUCAAUGCACCUCUGAUACUAACUAACAACUAACUAACUAGCUAGUGACUAACUAGUAACCUUAUGGCCUGAAAAUCAAACCCCCCCAUGUAGAAUGUGAAGAGAGAAUGUGUGAAC